GCAAUAUUUAAUAUUAUAUAUAAUCAUAUGAGCACGAAAAUCUAAUGCGCGCAAUGCGUCGUCGCGAGUCGCCUCCGCAAUUGAUACAAUUGUGCAAUAUGUAUCAUUUGCAGGGAAUUAAAGUCAAUGACCAGCCACCAGCAGCUGUCCCGCUGAUGGCAGCAAGUCAGCCGGAGUACAGAAAUGACGAUGCACGUCCGCGAGGCCAGUCUUUCGCGAAUUGUCGUCGCGUUGCUCCUGUGCACGCGAGGCGUGCAGAUUUCCGCGGGAAUCGAGGCCGAGGUCGAUCUCAAUGUGGACGGGAACGGAUUUCAUAGAACGUUGAUCUACCGGAUACGCUUCGAGAAUCUCACCCAGGACGGCUGUCAGGCUGCCAUUUACGUGGAAUUGCCAUCGGCAUUGUACGUCAAUACGGACGAAAUAGCGGAACUGAGAAGACGGGGGACGAAUACAGUGUGCUCGGUCGGCGAGACCGACGUCGAAUUGUUCGCCGAGAAGGCAGGCCGGCAGAACGUGACGACUUGCGCGUCCGUGAGUUCGUCGUCCGCCAGCCUAACGAUUCCCGUUCACCAGCGUUACCGGUACGCGGGCGAGUCCGGCGGUUACGUCAACGUGACCCUGCCCGACGUGAAGCUGCUGCUGGGAUGCCGGAAGAGGCUCAGGGACCACAGGGUGUCCAAGAUAGACCUGUGCGAGCCGUGCGUCGGCCUGGUGGCCAAGUGGCGCGAGAUUCCGUACCGUAUGUCGAACGAACGCGACUACGUUUGGCCGAUACCGGUCGGCGACUCGUCCCUCUCGCUCUACGUCACUUGCGCCACGCUACUGACGACGAUUAUCGGCGCGUUAUUCAUCGGGCACGCCAUACGGACCAACGCGCCGUCGCAGAGUCACCCGAAGGAAGACUGAGGUAGCUAGAGAUGUUUAAUGUACGAGCAGUUUUGUACGACCAGUUUUUAUCAAUGAAUGUUUUAAACAGUUGUUUUGAUAUUUCGAUUUCUCUUGUAUGAGACAUACAACUAUAUUGUAUGCAGACCAACUUUCUAUUUAAAUAAGACGUAAUUCUUGUUACGUGAAAUGCGAAUUUAUUUAAAUUAAGUUAGAUUCUAAGUUCUUUUUAACACAAGUUGCGAUAUUUCCGUGGACCGCGCAGAGGCCAGAAUUUAAAUUAAUUACAGGACGGAAUCAAUUUCCCCGUUUACACUCUUGAGGGUGAAUUAGAUAAAAGGAUUUCCGGCAUUUCCUACACGUACGUAUUCGAGCGCGAUAUUUACACGCAGCUUCUAGUCAAGGCUUUAAUAUGUAUUUUAUACACGAUUUCGUUAAGAUGACGUUAAUAGUCUAAGUAGUCUAAGUCAUUCAAAAGUUACCACAUGCAAAUCACACAUCCACACAGAUAAACACAAUAAUUUGAAAAAUAAAAUAUAAAAAUAGGAAA